GUGGGCGGGGCAAAGUGCUUCUGGUUACCCGGAAGUAGUUAUCUUACUAUUAGCGCUUAGCAGUCAUUCAUGCGGCGUUUAAUUUAAACGACGAAAUUUAAACAUGUCGACGCAAGAUAUCACCGUCAUUGUCGCUUACGGUUCUACAAAGCACAGCAUCACGGUGACCAGUCAAGAGGAUGGAAUGUGUCCCACUGUCAAAGACCUGUCAGAUUGUCUCAAUCAAAUCACCGGAAUCCCUCCGGCCUCUCAGAAGCUCAUCUUCAAGGGAAAGUCGCUGAAGGACAUGGAGCAGACACUGUCCAGCUUCGGGAUAAAGAAUGGAUGCAAGCUCAUGAUGAUUGGAAAGAGGAACAGUCCUGAGGAAGAAGCUGAGCUGAGGAAGCUGAAAGAUAUCGAAAAAACGGUGGAGCAAACGGCAAAAAAGCUGGAGAAGGUCGACGGGGAGUUGACCGGACUCAAGAAUGGAUUCUUGGCCAAAGAUCUUCAGGCUGAUGCUCUGGGCAAACUGGACCACAGAGUGAAAGUUGCGUCCGAACAGUUCAUGAAGAUCCUGGAGCAGAUCGAUGCUCUGACCAUCCCGGAAAACUUCAACGACUGCCGGCAGAAGAAAAAGGGCCUUGUGAAGAUGGUGCAGGAUUUCUUGGCCCAGUGUGACAAGAUGGAGGCUUGCAUAUCAGACCACCUGACAAAGAUCCAGUCUAAAAAUCUGGCCCUAGCGGACUGAAGAGAUAUUCAUAUUUUUGUUCUUGCUCUGUGAGCAACUACUGUGCUGUGUACAAAGAGCACCUCUGUAGUCUCUGUUCUAUUUAUUACAACAGCGCCUUGAGACACGAGUGACCCUGCAAACAAGUUGUUGGAAAUAUGAAAACUCAUUUGGAAUUUUUUUUUUUUAUUAAACUUGAGCGCACUUUUUGAGAUAUGAAUGCUGUAAGCUAGCAUAAGGAUGGAUUUAUAGCAUUUCCAUUCAUUUCAUUGGAGAAAGAUGAUUUGAGUCCUGAGCAUAGCCAUGGAACAAAUGUCACUCGUAUCUCAAAGCGCCACUGAAGCGUGCUCUGUCCUUUAGCGUUUUGGAUUGUAGUGUGCUUCACGAUUCUCAUCAGUUUCUUUACAGCGUGUGUGUGAUACUCAACAGAAAGUGGCGUUUUUUUUUUAUUAAAACAUCCAAAUCCUCAGAAGCAGCAGUUAACGUAUUUUUUUUUUUUACUCUUGUACGAGUUGAAAUGUUCCUGCUGCAUUAAUUAAAAACCCGGCCUAUUGCAUCAAGGGGUGAUCGAUCGAUAACAAUAACCAGUCACAGUAAUGUGCCCUUUGUGACAUGUGCAUGACAUCAUGUUCAAGUUUGGUCAGCGUCUUAGUGAUGUGCAAAUGAGCAGGAAGCCGCUACGUGACAACCUUCCAGCGGGCUAUACAAAACACAGAACGGAGAACUCCUCCACUUGUUGGUUGGGUCGAGUCGGGCGGCUAAUCGUCCUUGUCCUUGGCACCGUGUUUGAGGAUACGCGUGAACGCCACAUAGUUGAAGUUGCCCUUCUUGUCGAUGGGCGCCUCCCGGAAGAGCUCGUCCACUUCCUCGUCCGUGAACCUGUCGCCCAUGGUAGUCAGCAGCUCACGCAGCUGUUCCUCCUGGAUCAUACCUGCGGGAGCCGCAAAGGGAUCAUCAUGUUUUACUCGUAAUGUAACAAAUACAGUAUUCAUCCUUUGAAAUGUUACUCACCACCUGUACAGCUAAACAAAGUUUCACAAACAACAAAUUAAUUACCUACUUUUAAUUUGUUGUGGGACGAAUAAAAGUAUAUCUACUGUAA